GUCUUUGCUGGGUUUACACCGCGCGCAGUGGUAGCUCACGCCCCUCCACAGGCCUCUGCUGCACCAGACAUGUACUCGCAAGCCACUGUGAGCGCUCCGUACCCAGCUACCGCUUAUCCGGCCAGCAAUACUUACUACAACAACGCGUAUCCAGCCUAUGCUGCUGCCGCUCCUCCUGCUGCGUCGUAUUCAGCUGCACCGCCCAUAAAUCGCGGCUUUGCUGGUACAUAUGAUCCAGAAGAAGAAGCCCAGAUCGCUGCAUGGAACAGCGCAUACAACAGGGACGACGCAAAUGCGAAAAAGGGCGGCAGCGCAAACGUUGGCACCCGUGCCGAGACGACCGCCACUACCGAUGCCAACGCCGGCUUGUCAGCUGAUGGCAAGCGGAAGACGGUCGUCCGAGAAGGGGGCGGAAAGAACUGGGAAGACGAAACUCUCCUGGAGUGGAAUCCUCUACAUCCACGACUGUUUAUUGGCAAUCUUGCUGGUGAGGUCACGGAUGAAUCGCUCCUCAAAGCUUUCUCUAAAUACCCUUCCCUGUCCAAAGCCCGCGUCGUCCGAGACAAGCGAUCGACCAAGAGCAAGAGUUACGGUUUCGUGAGCUUCUCCGAUACAGAUGACUACUUCCGUGCUGCCAAGGAAAUGCAGGGCAAGUACAUUGGCAGUCAUCCCGUACUCAUCAAGCGAGCAACAUCCGAAGUGAAGGCAGUCACAAAGCGUGACGACAAGCACGGGAAGCAUGGAAACCAGGGGAAGAACAAAAACAACAACAACACGAACAAGCCGAAAGCCACCAGUACCGCUCCCGUCGUUCCGUCCCCAGUCGCGUUCAUCCCAAGAGGUGUUCAGAAGAAGGGCAAGUCCAACGGGCCGAGGAUUCUGGGUUGA